CUCGUAUCUGUUUCUUGUAUCUCUUGUCACUGCCGUUAUUACCACGUUUCAACAGCGACGAGGAAGCCAUCGUUGCGCCCUCUCUCCUUGCCGGUGUCCCGCUGCGCUCCCGUCUGGCGACAUCAGCUGGCCGUGUGCGCCUGUGCAGCCCGCUCCGACAACAACGACGCCGGCCAACUUGGUGUCGCGAGCGCAGAACUCAAGUUCUGGGCUGUCCCCACGCGCGCUCGCCGCUUCAAUCCUAUCCUGCACCGGAAGCGGGCCCAGGCCUGGCGAGAACGGGCACAGGACAGGGAACGACAAAGAGCCAUCGAGGCCGAACGCUCUCUCUGUGCAGUGAGCACAUCUCGCAGCAGACCACAGACCUAUCACACUCCCAAGGUGCGCACCCCUCAUCCCAGCUCGCCCUGUGCUUUUGCCCACGACUGGACUGUUUGUUCUCUGGUGCAUCGUUCCGUUCGUCUCGCUGCCUUCGUCGACCUUAUCCCUCUGCGCUCUCUCCCCAAUCACAGACUCCUGCCUCUUGUUGCGCUCUGCACAGCCCAAGCCAUCCCGUCCGUACUCCAGAAGCACUCCCGCAUAUCCCAUUUCCCCCUUCGCUCCGUACGCCGUUCUUUGAUGCUCUCAUUGUUCUUGUUGUUUUGCUGCUGCUGCUCCUCCCUCUUUGCGCGUCCUCUCUCUCCCGCCCCCGUCCGCCAAUACACCUUGUCCUUAACCUCCCGUCGGUCUUCUCCCCACACCCGCCGAAUCCGCGCACCGCUCCUCACGCACCACUCACGCUCUCUCUUUCUCUCUCCGUGGCUUCUUUGUCAUUCGCCGCUCAGCCGUCUGCUCCCAAGCCGACUAGCCGCUGCUGUUGCUCGGUCGCUGACUCCAGCCUUUGCCAGCAUCCACUCCUGUCUACCUUGCAGUCCGCCUGCAUGUUCCAAAUCUAUAACCUGAAUCUUUUUGCCACUGCACCUCGUCUUUUCCUGCAUAUAGCUCCCCGGCGACUUUUCUCUUCCACACGGCGCGAACGCGCUUCCUUGCUCCGAACUGCAGCCCGACACAGUGUAUAUGCGCACCACCCAUCGUGCGGUGCAGCUAACCUACGACGCUUUCGGCUCGCUACUCGGCCAGUAGGCAGCGCCUGUCGUUGCUGAGCUUCGCCACGAUCCCCGUGCGGCAGGAUCUUGUCACCCUUCCGCACAGAUCUUCCGCCUCUGUCCGGCUAGCAAGCAACGGCUGCUUGCAGCGCAAGCGCAUCAUCGCUCCAACACCACAACUCACCCCCCAACCAAUCAAUGUUGUCGCGACGCUGAGCGACCCAUACGAAUCUCAUCUCACAUACACCCAUCUUGAACCCCCCCGACACCCACCUCACGCAACGCAUUGUUGAAAGCUUGCUGCCGCCAGCGCGGCCAUUAUCCAAAGGCUGGCAAGGACGCCUUCUAGCAUGUUCUCAAUGUCGCAUCACCCUCCACCUGUAAAUGGCGGGCUUGGUGAGUAUGUGGAGGGGUCUGGCACGAUCAAUCCUGCAGCUCUGGAUGCUCCCGCAGUGCUCCCACCCGCCUCAUCAAGUCAUACCGAACAGAGCCCGCGUGGCUUGAAACGCGGCCGAUCUGAAGACGCGCACGAAGCACACGGCGUCGACGAUGAUGAUUCCAAGCCGCGAAAACGUGGACGACCUCCAAAGUCGAAAAUCGCAGAGAGUCCGAUCUCUACAUCCCAGGCCCUCCCAUCUUCGGGCGCUCACGCCGUGCAGACACCUCGCUCGGCAUCGCAAGUUCCCCAAACAUCGCCCCCACAGACAUCGCCCACACGAGUGAGCUCGGGCAAAGGACCUGUGAUAAAGGCGCUACCUACGGUGCGGGACCACACUACCGACCAGCUGAACCCCGAGGGCGACGAGUACAUCCCAAGAGAAUUUGACGAGGCGGGUGAGAAAAAGGUGCAGCCGAACGGCGCAUUGUUGGACGGACGAGAGUAUAAGUGUCGAACCUUCUGGGUACCCGGACGAAGCGACAAGCUGUUCAUGCUGGCGACAGAGUGUGCGCGGGUUCUAGGCUACCGCGACUCAUACUUGCUGUUCAACAAAAACCGCUCCCUGCACAAGAUCAUCGCCAAUCAGGCGGAGAAAGAUCACCUCAUCGCUCAGGACAUCCUUCCGUACUCGUACCGCUCCAGGCAGAUCGCCAUCGUGACUGCCCGGUCCAUGUUUCGUCAGUUCGGCAGUCGCGUGAUAGCCAACGGCAGGCGCGUGCGGGACGACUACUGGGAGGCGAAGGCCAUCAAGCAAGGAUUCACCGAAGAAGAUCCGGCCGGCGAGAAGCGCCCAGGUGGCGCUCGCCAGCGCGCCGCCUUGGAGGCCGCGCAAGCCGAGACCGUUCGUGUGCCACAGCAUCAAAUCUACUAUGAGAAUAAGGCAGGCACGUCUAACGUUGUCUACACGUUUGACGCGAACAACCCGCUGAGGAACCUGGAACAUCUCCAUUAUGGCGGCACUCAAGGAGCGCGAUCCAACUACUCCGCCUUUCAAGACCGGGGCACGUCUACGAACAGCAUUGAUAUGCAUAGUCAAGCAGUCAGCGCGAGUGAGUUCAACCGUGGCUUGAGUCAGCAACGAGCAAAUCGAAAACAGUACCUCGAAGAGAUAUGGCAUCGUCCGCAUGAGCCUCCACCUGCGGAUCCGCAAGACGCUGUAUCCAACCCCGCCGGAUCAACGCAGGCCACCCAAUCUCCACAUGUUGCGACGGCAGGCGUUGCUCAGACAACUGUCUCAACGCAACCACAGCAAACAUCGAACCCAAUCAUGACACAAGCGUACAGCCAGCAGCCAGGACCGAGUAACAUGAUGGCACAGACGCCCAUACGGAGCAUGCACGCCCCUAUGAGCGGCGGCGUGAUGAACCAGAGAUCUCCCAGUUUGUCUGUGACUCCUCAGCAGCAGAACUACGGCUACCAACAGGCUGGCAUGUGGCAUCCUGGUCAACCACAGCCGACGCCGAUGGCCCAACAACAUCCGGGAAUGCCAUACAACCAGCACAUGACCUCUCAAAGUCCAGUUCCUCCUUCGCCCAUGCACCAUCCUCCUCAACUGCAACAUCAGAACAGCGGAGGCUCGGUCCACGCCGGCAUGGGAUACGCCGGCAUGCAGAGUCCAGCGUUCGCAAACGUACAACAACGACAGCAGAUGUACCAACCCAGCCCGAGCCCGCAUCAGUUCAUGCAGCCUGGCGCGCAGCCUGGUUGGCCCCAACAGCCUGGCCAGCAGGGUCAGCAGGGAUGGCAACAGUUCUAAACUCUCCGUACUCUUCCUUGGGAAAUUUUUCCUCUCACAUUGCAGGCCGAAGUCAUCCUUUCAAUUUCCAGACACAACAUUCCAGUUGUGGUUUCCACCCACCUUGUCCAUCCUGUUUCACGUUCAGUAUUCAUUGCAAAGGCAUAAUACCCAGGUUGGGGAUGCAUCAUUUGGGUGUGCGGCGUUGCGGAAUCCUCUUCGCUGGGUUUCGAGAAAUCUCUUCGCAAGAGUCUACUGCUAGUUUCCCAUUCGCACGAUGCAACAUUUCGGGUGGUUGAUAUUCUGGUCCCUACAUACCCCUGUAUUUUAUCGCGAUUCUUCCCCUCAUAUCUGCCCACAUAGCUUUAUCUUCUUGGUACAUAGUGAUCAUUUUUGUGGGGACUCAAACAACAGCAAACGUCGUUCUGUUCUACACCGCGGACGUCGUUGCGGAGUUAAGGGAGGUUAUUGUUUGGCAUGGCUUCUUCUAGCACGGGGCUAUCUUCAUUGGACGUGACACCGCCGUAAUGUGGAUGAAUCAGCAUGAGAUCAUGCCUUUUUUUUUGUUUGGCGGUCGCCGCAGAAUCAUAAUAUAAUGUCAUUUGUCUUUUCAAGACACGACCUGGUGAACCCUUCGUCUUUCAGAAGACGUCAACGAAAUGCAACAUGAGCUCGAGAAUAUGCAGAUCAGAUAUGGCACGAGUUGACGAGAUCGCGUCGUUGCUGUUUCUCGAAUACCAGUCAUUCAUCGGUC